GUAGAGAUAUUUCCGUUCUCAACUAUACACUUGAGCGCGCGCCCAUGUAGUAAUGUGCGGGACAUUGGCUGAAGGAGUUGCAAGUGCGAAUUCCCUGUAUUUCUUACUUGGUGCCGUGAAGAAAAUGUUCCACGCGCUCCAGUAGAUUUAGCUGCGUGUUGAGAGAUUUUCCAUCUUCUUUUAUUUCAUUUUUAUUUGAGUGCAAUACGUUUCCGGUUAACCCAAAAAGACGAAGGAAAGUGUGCCUGAAGCACAUUACUCUCUGUGAAAACCUUUUGUGGAGAGAGGGCUAGUUGUUGUACAAAUACACAGCAGAAGAAGGAAAAAAAAAAUGCUUGCUUCCACCUCAAGGGAGGGAGCUACAGCAGCUCCAAAAUUGCCCUCAGCUAUUGAGGGACCAACACAUAUAAAACGGGCAUCAACUGAAAAACUAAGAGAAGUCUUCCUUAAAUAUGCAUCACAUAAAAAGGAUGGAAAAUUGUACAUGACUGGUGAUGAUUUCGUGAGAGGAUUUUUGGGUCUUUUUCCGGAGACGGCGUACAAUGAGGAAUCUGUAAAACUUUUGGCGGGAAUUGCAGAUACAAGCAAAGAUGGACUUAUCUCCUUUGCGGAAUUUCAAGCAUUUGAGGGACUUCUCUGUACACCAGAUGCUCUAUAUAAAACAGCCUUUCAGCUAUUCGAUACCCAAGGCAAUGGGACAGUUGCAUAUGCGGAUUUUGUGAAUGUUAUAAAGAAAACAACUUUGUAUGCAAAAUUACCCCUAAAACUCGAUGGAUCCUUUAUGGAAAGGUACUUCGGGAGGGAUAAAAAGAGAGCCAUAAACUAUGCGGAAUUCAGUCAAUUUUUGCAUGAUUUCCACGAGGAAUAUGCUAUGGAGGCAUUUCACAGCAAAGAUCCCACGGGAUCGGGAUAUAUUUCCACCCUUGACUUUAAGGAUAUUAUGGUUAAAGUGAAAAAGCACCUUUUAACACCUGAAGUUAAGGACAAUCUCAUUGCUAUCACAGAAGGAAAGAAAGUCAGCUACCCUUACUUCAUGGCAUUCAAUUCGCUCCUCAACAACAUGGAGCUGAUUAAACGGAUCUACCUCAAUGCAACAAAUGGCAAUCGGAUACAGCACAUAACAAAAGAUGAAUUGCUACACUCUGCACAGAUUAUGAGCCAAAUUACUCCACUAGAAAUUGAUAUUCUCUUUCAAAUGGCCGGCGUAAUCCAUCAAACUGGGCGAAUAGUGUACAGUGAUUUGAGCAAUAUUGCACCUGAGCACUAUGCUAAGCACAUGACACACCGUUUGGCGGAGAUAAAAGCCGUCUCAAGCCCGGAUGAUCGAAGUAUCUUCAUUCAAAUACUCGAAAGUGUGUACCGUUUCACACUGGGUUCAAUUGCGGGUGCAGCAGGUGCCACAGCCGUGUAUCCAAUUGACUUGGUGAAGACACGAAUGCAGAAUCAGCGAUCAGGAUCGUUGGUUGGGGAGGUGGCGUAUCGCAAUUCAUGGGAUUGCUUCAAGAAGGUAAUUCGGCACGAGGGUGUGCUUGGUUUGUAUCGUGGUCUUGUGCCACAGUUGGUUGGUGUUGCCCCCGAGAAGGCCAUCAAACUGACCGUUAAUGACUUUGUCAGAGACAAAAUUGGCACAAAUGGUGUUAUUCCGCUCUAUGGAGAAAUCCUGGCGGGUGCAUGUGCCGGUGCGAGUCAAGUGAUCUUCACCAAUCCAAUGGAGAUUGUCAAAAUUCGCCUUCAAGUGGCGGGAGAAAUUGCCGGUGCGGCUAAAGUACGCGCGUGGAGUGUUGUGAAGGAAUUAGGAUUAUUUGGACUGUACAAAGGAGCACGAGCUUGCUUACUGCGAGAUCUUCCGUUUUCUGCCAUUUAUUUCCCCGUGUAUGCGCACACAAAACAAAUGUUCACCGAUGAGGAUGGAUACAACAGUCCAAUCUCUCUCUUGUUGUCUGGGGCAAUUGCUGGUGUUCCUGCUGCUGCUCUCAUGACUCCUGCCGAUGUCAUCAAGACACGACUGCAAGUGGUUGCGCGUACGGGUCAGACCACGUACACGGGCAUUUUGGAUGCUGCACGAAAAAUAAUACAAGAAGAGGGUCACAGGGCUCUGUGGAAGGGCACAGCGGCGAGAGUGUGUCGAUCAUCGCCGCAAUUUGGCGUCACCCUCCUCACGUAUGAGCUGCUGCAGCGUCUGUUCUUCGUGGACUUUGGCGGAAGCCGUCCUGUGGGAUCUGAAGUGAAGAAGGUGAAGACAGUGGAACCGACUGUGUUCAAACAAAAUGCCGAUCACAUUGGUGGCUACCAGGCGGCUGUACCGAUUGUCAAUGGGAUUGAAACGAAAUUCGGUCUGUCUCUGCCACGAUUUGCCUCCUCAAUAGGUACAUCAGCAUCUUCAGCAAAAACGUGAUGAAAAAUUUUGUAAUUUCGGGGGGUUGUUGUAAGUUUUCCAAAAAAUACGGUUAAAAAUAUUUUUUAGUAAAAAAUUCUUUUCACGCAAAAAGUGUCUUCAUUGUAUGAAAUACUAAUAAAUGGAAAAAAAUAAAAAUUCCACAAUUAAAUUGAGGAAAAAGCUGA